AUAAAUGAGUUUCUCGUGGAUUAAAUGAGAAGCAGCUCAGGAGCUCCUCAUCUCUGGGACCUGCGUUCACUAAACUGCACUACGAAGAUCUGAACAAUUCGAGUGUUUAUUUAUUUUAUUUUAUUAUUUUUUUUUACUAAUUUAAGUGUUAAAAUGAUCACAGCACACAGCGGACAUUUUCUACAUCCAGAUUCACUCCAGCCACUGACUUCAUCUCCGUCUCUCAGUCACAUUGAGCUGGAUGCCGCUAAGAGUCCUCUGGCUCUCUUGGCACAAACCUGUUCACAAAUCGGAAAAUCAGACCCAUUUUCUUCCACCACCUCAUCAAACAGCUCUAAAGACUCUGGAUGUCUGACGAUCGGCAACAUCAGAGUUUAUCCCAAAUCAGCAGAGAAGAAAGAUUCCGUACCUUCACCCGACGGUCCGAGCGUACUGAGGACACAGAGCGCCACCUGCAGACCGUUUGCUGUAUGUUCUCCUAAAAUUCAGGAAGAAGAUGAGAAGAACGACAGAGACGGCAAUAAAAAUCCAGGUGAAACCUCGGAGACGAUCCGAAACGGGAAUUCCGAGAUAGACGGCAAACAGAAACGCGAAUCUGUAAGAAACUCCGAAUCUUCUGAGACAUCAUCAGCUGUGUUUUCCACGUCUUCCAGUCUUCCACCAUUUUCUGCACUUCCUCUUCCACUGUUUCCUUCAAGCUGUGUGAGUUUCCCUCAGCCGGUUUUGCCCACAUUGAACAAUAAACCAUCCAUCAUUUCCACGGUUCCGUGUGGAGACCCGUACUGCCUCGGCUAUCACUGCGCUGCGGCUCUAAAAUCCACGUUUCCUCUUCUGUAUCCUUCUCACGCGCUUCCUUCUUCUUCCCCGUCUGCAUUUACGAUAUUUCCACAUGGCUUGAUGCAUCCUCAUGAUCUCCAGUCAAGUGUAUUUAACAAUGUUUCAGCUAAUUCUUCUGAGACCAGCCUUUCUUCCUCACUGGGUUCUCAAACACACGUAACCCCGACUCUCAGGAACCCACAUCACACACUCGGACCUGGCACUCGGUACCAUCCCUACUUCAAAAACCCUUUUCCAACAGCGUCAAAUUCGUAUUAUUCUCUACACGGACUUACACUUUAUGGACAAAGGCUCCAUCUAGCACCCUAAAGCGGAAAGUUAAAAAAAUGUAUUAUUAUUUUUUAAUAGGAAGUUAAAAAAAAAGCUAUUAAUCAGAACCACUGAAGAACCAAAAAAACAUAACAUUAUUAUUGUGUACAGUUUAUUUUAUGUUACGGUAUUUUGUCUCCUGUUCUCCUGCAUCAAACUGAUCUGAGGACUCUGAGGAUAAUGAGGAACAGAAAUGAGAACUGAGACUGAUAUGGCUGUAAAACUUCACCUGAGGACCAAGAGACAAUGACGAGUGGAAGUUUAGAAGCUAAUUACAAAACCAGAUGAAAAACAAAACAAAAACAAAGUGGAAGCAAUCCAUUAACUUUUAUCAGCUUGUUCUAUGCAGCAAUAUUACAUAUUUAAUAAAACAUUAUCUAUCUAAAGUUAUUUCAUGUUUUAUAUAAAAUCAAGUGCUGUAUGGUGUUAUUGUAAAUCAGCUGUUUUUAUAUGAGAACAUUUCCGACUUCAAGACCUCCUCUCUAAUGGAACACAGGUUUUUAUGAAAUUAUUGUACUUGUAAAAUACUGUUGGGAUCAUUAGAUAGAUAAAGUUCUGUUCAGAUCCUUGGGGAUCUGUUUUGAUCAUGUGACAGAUAUGGAUCUGUUGGGAUCAUAAGACAGAAAGGGAUCUGUUGGGAUCACUAGGCAAAUAGGGAUCUGUUGGGAUCAUUAGGGAUCUGUUGGGAUCAUUACUCAAAUAUUUCAGCACAGCCUGAGUUUUUAUACUCAGAAUGAACAACGUGGCAAAUAUUGUGAUAAUGAAAUAAUUUUAAACACUGUUUUAGUUUUUAAAGGCAUUUUUAAAACACUAUGAUAAAAAAGCAAAACUUAAAAUGUCAUGUAUAAAUGUUUCUAGUUCAUUAAGAUUUUCAAUGGUAUAAAUAAAUUUCUUUAAAGUAAAUAAUUCUCUUCCUAGAUCUAAAUCUUCAGCCUUUUGAACUAAAUCUGACCUUCUGUUACGAUUAAAUUUCUUUAUAUUGAACUUAUUUCAAAUAAUUAUAUACAGUAAAAUCCUGUGAAAUUUUACAUUUAAGCUUUGAAUUCAUUGCUAUUAUACACAACAAGGUUAAAUAUAUUUAAAAUAUUAACCAACCUACAAAUUUCUUUUCAUUAGUGAAUAUCUGAUAUUAUUUAAAAUGAUGGACUGUUUAAUUCAUCACUCUAGUAUCACAUCAUCACUCCCUUUAUCCAAAGCUGUGUUUUAAAGUUUUGUCACAAUUUUUAUUCAUCUAAUUUAUUUACUGGAAUCUUAAAAAAAAACUCUAAAACUACACUGCUCCUCCGUAAUUAUCGGCUCCCUUCAUAAAAAACACUGAAAUAAUUAGAAAUAAAACCAAUCAUUGCAUACAGUAAUAGAAAUGUUGCACUCAAGCAUCAGGAAAAAUUACUCACCUUUUUGCUGUCAUAAAAUCUUUUUUAUUCUAAUAAAAAUGAUUUGCUUUCAGAACAUAUCUUAGCCUAUUUGUGUUUGUUGAGAAAAGAACAGAAAGAAAUUUUCAUUCUGUGUGUUUUAAGAUCACUUUCUAUAUUAAAUAUUGAUUUAAUGCAACACUCGAGGUCAGUGCAUGAGUUUGAACAGAAAUAAACACACACCCUUAAAAAUAAGUUAUUUAAUCAUUUCUUUUAUUAUUUAAGUUCUACAGGCAGAAACAAGUUCUUACCAAACUCAUCUAUCAUGUAAGAACGCUGACCCUGAGAAAUGUUGGACGCUCAGUCAUCAGCCAUAACAUUAUGACCACCGCCCUAAUAUUGUGUCGGUCCCCCUUUUGCUGCCGAAACAGCCCUGACCCGUCCUGCACUGUGUAUUCUGACCCCUUUCUAUCAGAACCAGCAUUAACUUCUUCAGCAGUUUGAUCAACAGUAGCUCGUCUGUUGGAUCGUGGUCAGUGGUCAGUUUGAUAGAUACUGACCACUGCAGACCGGGAACACCCCCACAAGAGCUGCAGUUUUGGACAUGCUCUGAUCCAGUGGUCUAGCCAUCACAAUUUGGCUCUAUUGGUCAAACUCAAAGCUCAAAAAAUCUGUAGUGGAAGUUUAUCGCCCUCUGAUGGAGAAAUACAGUAAAGACCUCUUUCCUGUACCUCAGUUUCAAUGUCUCUUUAUUACAUUUAUGUGUCCAGCCAUGUGGCCCUUUAAUCCACGUGACCUACGGGAAGUGCUGUAUAAAUAACUAGUCA